CCCAUACCCAAGUUUUUCAUCGCCAACCUUCCUAAUUCCUCAUCAUCCUUGGCCACUUCUGCUGCACGGGUGUGAUUACUUCCGUCAGCUCGUGACCAGAACAUGCCCAACAUCACAUUCCAACACAACGAACGACUAAUUCUGACGGCCAAUCCCAUCAGUCAUGAGAAAGCCGUUGAAGACGCGAGAGUCCUCUUUUGUUUGGAGCAAGCAGCAGACAUAAUUUUCUACCUUGACAUCGCUGAAGUUGGACGAGCUGAGCUAGCACCGUCUUCCUGGAGAUCUCUCCGAUGUGGCUCGUUGAUAUCCGUGGUCGCCAAAAGUCAAGAAGUGGCGACAAUUCCUCCCCAACACGACGUCGGUUCAGCUAGCCCAGUUAUUAGCUCUACCCAGCGAACACUCAUCCCAAAGAUACCCCUGACUCGGUUACCCCUGACUCGCUCAGUCGAGAAUCGCCGCUCACAAAUCAGUAAAAAAGUGGCAUUGAAGAAAGUUCCAGAAGAAGCCGAUAAACUGACUCCCCCAACACAGACAACAUCCAACCCAACAUUACCCCCGAUCCGCUUAGCCACGAAUCGACAGUCACAAAUUAGCAACAAGGUCGCAUUCACCAGAGGACCCAAACCAGUUCCAAAGAUUCGAUGUCCUAAGUGCUUUCGGAAAUCGGUUCAGCCAUGCGACUGCCUUGAGGUAAAAACUGCUGAAAGCCCAGUCCUCGCUGAACCUGUGAAGGCUUUAGUCAACGACAAAUCUUCAACGAUUGGCAGGCCCCCUUUAGGAAGAUUUUACAGCGAAAAUGCUCCAAAGCCGGCAUGCCUCAGAUAUUAUGACGAUCACGGAGAGCCUUGGGAUUGUCCGCGGUUUUGCGAUUUCGUUGCGGAAGUCGAUCAAAAGCAAGAAUUGCCCAACUCGCAGGAGGAAGAUCCGGAGGCUACAGCACCCAAUACGAUUAUAGUCCAACUUGAACAGGCCGGCAGAGGCAAAACCCAUCGGCCGUUACCACCAGCCAUGCUUCUUGGAGUGGAUCAACGCUUCCAAGUGGUCUUUGGAAAGAUUUCGAGCUGGACUUCGGAGCCUCCAGAGCGCAUUGGAUUAACCCUUAUUCGGGAUUCAAAACCGAUUAACAUUUCACCACUCAGUUGUCCUAGUCAUCUAGAGAUGGUCAAGGGUGAUAAGCUUCGGGUUAGGAUAUGUCCUCCUGUCACUUACCCUCAGACUUUCCCUCGGAAAGCUUUGAGCAGUGAUGGCAUCAACUGGGUCCGAAGUUUUAGGGAUCCUGAGCCUUCAGAACGAUUGCCCCGUCGGAAUCUCUCACACCUCAGCCUUCCGGCAAACCCUAGACCACAAAAAGGCAACAAUUCCCUGAGUAUACUCUGA